AUGCUAUCGAAUGUAGUGUGGACUGCAAAUGACCUGAUCUAUGGGGAUUGUGCGUUGGUCGCAGGCGAGCGUGACGCGUUGCGUUCUGAGGUAACGGAUGAGGGUAGGGGAUGGGGAUGGAAAGACGGCUGUGGGCCAGUAGGGGGAGGGGAGGAUGUGCACCAUUCAGCCGAGCAUUCCGUGACACAAUUAUGCAAUGGCGGACAAAUUUCCGGACGGCAUUAUCAGGAGAAGCAGGCUUUCAUCAAUUUAUUUCCAGAAUAUUUGCACCAUCGUCAUCUUCCGGACCUGCAGGACGAACUACGACGAACAGUAGAGAUGAUUGAGAUGGUACCAUUUGGUAGCGCCAUACCGAAAGCUCUGUGGGAUUACUGUAUUCAUAGUGUGCCUGUCGGUUUGUUUUCUAUUCCUGAAGUGUUUGCCGGUAAGGUUGACCGGUCAAACGAGUGCAGUAGUAAAAUUAAAAGUCUUACAAUUUUAGAAUGA